GCAUUGUUUCAUCUGCAAUAGCAGGAGCCCAUCGUGGGAGGCAAUUUGCAGUUCGCUCGGUCAGUGUAGGGGAGCGCUGCCAUUAUAUCCACUGGGUUGUGCGAUACAUGGAACGGAUGGAGGAAUAUACUACGGGUGGAGGAAGAACGGAUGAACAAGGGAUUUUAUGAGACCUGCGUUAACAUUGCAUUCGCGGUUAUUACGGCUCUCUCUAUCGGGGUUCCCCCAGCAGUUGUCUUGCAGAGGCGGGUAGGCUUUAAACAAUAGCGCCCGGAGGAGCGCUGGAUACAGUAUCGCUGAGCGCAGAACCUCGGGCAUCAUCAUCAUCAUCCUCAUCAUAACCAUUCACUACUACGAGCAUUCACCAAUGGAGACGGCCACGCGCUCUAGUGUUCUCCACACAUAGAUUGCAAAGAUCUGUAAGUGUAAAAUCCGACCAUCAUCAUAAUCAUCAUCCGUGGAAACAUAUCCUGCAAUGAUGAAUUCUGCCGAGGCGGCUGAGGAAGGACCGAACGAUCCAGAUACGGAGCCGUUCUUCAAAACAGUUCCAUCUUUUUCAUCAGGAUCUCUUAGGAAUGAUGGAAUAAAGGCGGCUGAUGUUCUAACAGUUUUAAGAGAGAAGGUUGCCUUUGUCUCAGGAGGAAGAGACAAGAGAGGAGGACCUAUACUUACAUUCCCUGCACGAAGUAAUCAUGACAGAAUAAAGCAAGAAGACUUGCGGAAACUGGUGACCUACCUCUCUACUGUGCCCAGUGAGGAUGUAAGUAAACGAGGGUUUACAGUGAUCGUAGACAUGCGCGGCUCUAAGUGGGAUCUAAUCAAGCCAUUGCUGAAGACGCUACAGGAGUCAUUUCCAGCUGAGAUCUGCGUCGCUCUCAUUAUCAAACCAGACAACUUCUGGCAGAAGCAGAAGACCAAUUUUGGCAGUGCCAAGUUCACCUUUGAGACCAGUAUGGUUUCAGUGGAAGGUCUGACUAAGUUGGUGGAUCCGUCUCAGCUGACGGCAGAUCUGGAAGGGACACUGGAGUACGAUCAUGUGGAAUGGACAGAGCUCCGUGUUUCCCUUGAGGAGUUCACUGGAGGCGCUCUGCACCUCCUUUCCCGGCUGGAGGAGCUGCAAGAGGUGCUUUCUCGCCAGGAGCUGGCAACUAACGCAGAGGAAGCACGGAAACUCCUGGAGGAGCACGCUCGACUGAGGAAGACUAUGACAAAGGCACCUGUGGAUGAGUUAGACCAUGAAGGACAGCGACUCCUUCAGAAGAUCAGGGAUGGGGGCGACGGAAGGCUCUCUGGUGGGGCUGACUUCCAGAGUUUGGUACCUAAGAUUUCCGCCCUAUUGGAUAAACUUCAAGUUACGCGGCAGCACCUGCUACAGGUCUGGCACAACCGCAAACAACAGCUGGACCAGUGUUUUCAGUUACGGCUGUACGAGCAGGAUGCAGAAAAGAUGUUUGAAUGGAUCGGACACAAUAAAGAGCUCUUCCUGCAGACGCACACAGACAUUGGCAUGAGCUACCAGCAUGCAGCAGAUCUACAGACCCAGCAUGACCACUUUGCUAUGAACUCUAUGAAUGCGUAUGUCAAUAUCUCGCGUAUCGUCUCGGUGGCGACGCGGCUCUGUGAGGCGGGUCAUUACGCUGCCGCUCAGAUACAGCAGAUCUCUGGCCAGCUGGAUCAGGACUGGAAGAGCUUUGCCUCGGCUCUGGAGGAGCGCAGUGCCAUCCUGGUCAUGUCCUCUGUCUUCCACCAGAAAUCUGAACAGUUUCUGUCCAGCAUGGAGGGAUGGGUGAAGUCAUGCGGUGAGGUCGGCUUGCCGAUAGCAACGCAAGAACUGGAGAUAGCCAUUCACAACCACCAGAAUCUGUACGAGCAGGUCACCACAGCAUACACAGAGGUCAGUCAGAAAGGAAAAACACUACUGGAUGUGUUGCAGAGGCCUCAGCCCCUGCCUGACUCCGGGUCCCUGACGGCAGGGGCCGACUACAGUCAGGCGGUGAGGGGGGUCCUGGAGGUGGUCCAUGGGGUAGUUCAUCAAUAUCGCAGACUGGAGGGUCUCUUGCAACACCGCAAGCUCCGGCUGCACCAGAGACUUCAGCUGUGUGUGUUUCAACAAGAUGUGCAGCAGGUCUUGGACUGGAUUGAAAACCAUGGAGAGGUAUUCCUCAGUAAACACACAGGAGUUGGGAAGUCUGUACACAGAGCACGAGCACUACAAAAACGGCAUGAUGACUUCCAGGAGGUAGCACAGAACACUUACACUAAUGCGGAUAAGCUUUUGGAGGCUGCGGAGCAGCUGGCUCAGACGGGAGAGUGUGAUCCGGAAGAGAUUUACGCUGCCGCCCAUCACCUGGAGGUCAGAGUUCAGGAGUUUGUGCGGAGGGUGGAGCAGAGGAAACUGCUGUUGGAUAUCUCAGUGUCUUUUCACACCCACACUAAAGAGCUGUGGUCAUGGAUGGAGGACUUGCAGAAGACUCUUGUGGAGCCGGUGGUGAACUCUGAGUCUGUGGAUGCUGUUCAGGAGCUGAUCAGACAGUUUCAGCAGCAGCAGAGCAACACUCUGGACGCCACACUCAAUGUCAUCAAAGAAGGGGAGGAGCUUAUUCAGCACCUGCGGGACUCAGCGCUGGCCUGUAAUAAGCUGCCUCAUGCCAGCUCCAUGGCUCAUAUCGAGGGCGUUCUUCAGCAGUUGGAUGAGGCUCAGGCUCAUAUGGAGGAGGUUUUUCACGAGCGCAGGAUCAAACUGGACAUCUUCCUGCAGCUCCGUAUCUUUGAACAGUACGCCUUGGAGGUGAUGGGUGAGCUGGAUGCAUGGAAACAGGAUCUGAUGCGACAGGCAUCUGAUUUCAACACAGAGGAACUCACGCUGGCUGAACAGAGAUUACACAGACACACUGAGCGCAAACUCGCCAUGAACAACAUGACCUAUGAGGUCAUACAGCAGGGACAGGAUCUUCACCAGUACAUCAUGGAGGUCCAGGCUUCAGGUAUGGAAAUCACCGGAGAAAAAGACGUCGACUUGGCGGCAAAAGUUCAAGAACUGCUGGAGUUCUUGAAUGAAAAACAGCAUGAGCUGGAAGUAAGCGCAGAACACACACACAAACGUCUGGAGCAGUGCCUUCAGCUACGACACCUGCAGGCCGAGGUCAAACAGGUGCUGGGUUGGAUCCGUAAUGGUGAAUCCAUGCUCACGGCGAGCACAACGAAUGCAGGUUCCCUAUCUGAGGCGGAACAACUUCAGAGAGAGCAUGAACAGUUUCAGCUUGCCAUCGAGUCUCUUCUCCACGCCGACUCUCUCCAGCGCACACAUCAGAGCGCCCUACAGCUCCAGCAGAGGGCGGAGCUGAUGUUGCAGGCGGGUCACUAUGACCCAGAUGCUGUCCGGGCCUGUGCCGAGACUGUGGCCCUGCACUGGCAGACCCUCAUGCUGAAGAUGGAGGACAGAUUAAAGCUGGUUAACGCCUCUGUGGCCUUCUACAAGACAUCUGAACAGGUAUGUAAUGUAUUGGAGAGUCUGGAACUGGAGUACAGGAGAGAGGAGGACUGGUGCGGAGGUAAUGAUAAACUGGGCUCAACGGCAGAGACGGACCACGUCAGCCCUCUCAUCAACAAACACCUGGAGCAGAAAGAAGCCUUUCUCAAGGCAUGUACUUUAGCACGUCGUAACGCGGAGGUCUUUCUUAAGUACAUCCAUCGAAACAAUGUGAGCAUGCCUGGGGUCACCACCCACAAUCGAUCCACUGAGUCCCAAGUAAAAGCCAUUCUGAGUGAGCUUCUACAGAGGGAAAACCGUGUCCUUCAUUUCUGGACUAUGAAAAAAAGACGUUUAGAUCAAUGCCAACAGUACGUUCUGUUUGAACGACAUGCUAAACAGGCCAUAGACUGGUUACAGGAGGCGGGAGAAUAUUUUCUAUCCACACACACAUCGCCUGGUGAUACCAGCGGAAAAACUCAGGAACUACUAAAAGAGUACGAAAAUUUCCGUGUAUCUGCAAAGCAAACGCAGGAGAAGGUGAAGCUGUUGAUCCAGCUGGCUGGUAGUCUGGUUGAGAAAGGGCAUCUCCAUGUGACCGAACUCAAGAGGUGGGUGUCUACGGUUGACAGGCGGUAUCGAGACUUCUCCAUGCGGAUGGGUCAGUACCGCUGCAGCUUGGACCGAGCUCUAGGGGUGUGUUCUGAGAACAAUAAAGAUCUGGAGCUGGAUAUUAUACCAGCCAGCUUGACCCACACUGACCCAGAGGUCAACCUCAACGAUCCUGACCAUGAAGUUAAUGAGGAAAAAAAGAAAUCUGCCAGAAAGAAAGAGUAUAUUAUGGCUGAGCUGCUCCAGACAGAAAGAGCUUAUGUACGAGACCUACAGGAGUGUUUGGAGACUUUUCUCUGGGAAAUGACAAGCGGUGCGGAGAUCCCAUCUGGAAUUGCAUCGCAAAUAAAUCGCUUUGAUGAGAACCUGGCUGUACAGGGUGAGCUAAUCCUACAGGACACCUUCCAGGUGUGGGACCCCAAAUCUCUGAUCCGCAAGGGCCGGGACCGACAUCUCUUCCUUUUUGAGAUCUCCCUCGUUUUCAGUAAAGAGAUGAAAGACUCGUCAGGACGCACCAAAUAUGUUUACAAGAACAAGCUGCUGGCAUCAGAGUUAGGAGUCACCGAACACAUUGAAGGUGAUCCGUGUAAGUUUGCUCUGUGGGCCGGCCGGACGCCUACAUCUGACAACAAAACAGUUCUCAAGGCCUCCAGUAUAGAAGUGAAACAGGAGUGGAUCCGGAACAUCAGGGAAGUGAUUCAGGAGAGAACAAUCCACCUGAAGGGGGCGCUAAAGGAGCCCAUACACCCUCCCAAAACCCCAGCCAGACAGCGUAGCAUAAGCAAGAGGGAAACUACAGAGGACGCGGACAGUCAGGGUGAUGCCAGCAGUCAGCCGGACACAAUCUCCAUCGCUUCACGCACCUCCCAGAACACUGUAGACAGUGACAAGCUGUCGGGUGGCUGUGAGCAGACUGUGGUUCUGCAGGACUUUGUUGCGGGAUCAGUGGGUGAGUUGAGCAUUCAGUCGGGUCAGACCGUCGAGCUGUUGGAGAGGUCUGGAGAGCGGCCCGGCUGGUGUCUGGUGCGGACCACCGAACACUCGCCCCCUCAGGAGGGUCUGGUUCCCAGCAGUACCCUGUCCGUGUCUCACUCUCGCAGUAGUGUCGACAUGGAUUGCUUUUUCCCACCUGGGAAAGAAAACUGUCCUGUGGGAAGUUCAGAGGUCAAAUCUGAGUCCGCCGCAUCGCUGCAGCCGCAAACAUCGGUGACAUCAUUGCCGACCGGUUCUCCGGGACCUAAACGCUCUGGAACUACUGGAAACACAUUAAAAAAAUGGCUCACCAGCCCCGUGCGACGUCUCAGCCACGGCAAGGGCGACAACACUAAUGCCAAGAAACCCAACAACAAACAACGUAAACGAGAUGGCCGCAAGAGUGUCGAAUUGGGACCGGCGCACCAAGACAGCACUGAAGAGAGAGGAAGACGAGGAGUGAACAGCGGAGGAGAGGAGGAGGCUGAAGACGAACCCCACACACCCCUUCCUCCCCCCAUGGAGAUCAUCAAGGACCCCUCCGCUCAGGAGGAGAAGACUCCAGAGCCUGGCUCUUUCCCAGUGUUGGGUAGCGUCACACCAUCUGAUCAGAUGCCCAGAGACCCAGAAACAGAGCAGAAGAACAAGGCCAUGAGAGGGCGAAUGUUUGUGUUAAAUGAAAUGGUGCAGACAGAGAGGGACUAUGUGAAGGAUCUGGGUGUCAUAGUGGAGGGCUUUAUGGGAAGGAUUGGGGAAAAAGGUGUUCCAGAGGACAUGGCAGGGAAGGAUAAGAUCGUAUUCGGGAACAUUCAUCAAAUCUACGACUGGCAUAAAGAGUUCUUCCUCUGUGAACUAGAGAAAUGUCUGCAGGACCACGACAGACUGGCUGAGCUGUUUAUCAAGCAUGAGAGAAGGUUACACAUGUAUGUCAUCUACUGUCAGAACAAGCCCCGCUCCGAGUUUGUCGUGGCUGAAUAUGACGCAUUCUUCGAGGAGGUGCAGCAGGAGGUAAACUCCAGACUGUCCAUCAGCGAUUACCUGAUCAAACCCAUCCAGAGGAUCACCAAAUACCAGCUCCUGCUCAAGGACUUUUUGAAGUACAGCACUAAAGCAGGUCUGGACUGUAAAGAGACAGAGAAAGCAGUUGAGCUGAUGUCCCUGGUGCCCAAACAAUGUAACGACAUGAUGAAUCUUGGACGAUUGCAGGGCUACGAGGGGAAGUUGACAGCUCAGGGGAAGUUAUUGCAGCAGGACACGUUCUUUGUGACAGAGCAGGACUCUGGCGUUCUGUCCCGCAGUAAAGAGCGCAGAGUGUUCCUCUUCGAACAGAUCGUCAUCUUCAGCGAGCUGCUUCGGAAGGGCUCGUCAACACCAGGGUACCAGUUUAAAAAGAGCAUCAAGGUGAGCUACCUGAGCAUGGAGGAACAUGUGGACAGCGACCCCUGUAAGUUUGUGCUGUCAUGUCGUGGCUCAUCUGAACGACUGACGCUACAGGCCGCUAACAUCGACAUCAAGAAAGAGUGGGUUCAAAGCAUCCGAGAACUGCUGGACAUGCAGAUCAACUUCCUCACGGCUCUCCAGAACCCUCAGGAGUACCAGAAAAAAGAGAGUGGAGGUUCUUUGAGCAGGCAGCUGUCCAAUAGCAGCCGUUCCUCAUCCUCUCACCCCUCCACCCCCCUCAAACCCAACACCGCCCCCAACGGAAGCCCCACCCACAAGCCCAAUAAGCAUGUAGAGGAGGAGUUGGAUGAGGGGGAGUGUAACGGCCUGUCAUUGGUACUAGUGACGCAGGAUUACAAUGCCGUGAAGGAGGACGAGAUCUGCGUGGUGGUUGGUGAGAAGGUACAGAUCCUGGCGUCCAAUCAGCAGAACAUGUGCCUGGUUUACCGACCUGCAAACAGCCAAUCACCUGCUGCAGAGGGCUGGGUACCGGGUCACGUGCUCUCUUCGACUCAGUAAAGCCACGCCCCCUCAACACCUCGGAAUAAACCACUACUCACAUUUACCAUUCAGUUUCACCAGCCUACUCUGGGAAAGCAUGCCACUCAACCUCCUGCUAAGCUACUGUUGGUCAGUCAGAACAGGAAGUACCACCCCUUUCCCCUGCCACCGUACAGUUGAGGACUAAAGAUGCACGCUGCAAAAAAUGGUGCGAUAUCACCUCCCAUAGUCAAUAUGGGCAAAAAAAAAACAUUUAAAAAAGGAAGCUCAAGAAAAUAUAUUAUAUUGCUUAUAAUGAAAAAAAAACAAAAAGAUUGUAUUGUAUAGAGAGGAAACUAAGGUGAAUUUGUCAGUGAAUUACGUGUGGAUGUGUAUGGAUGUUAACGUCAUCCUUUCUCAUCAACAUGCUCCAUUACGCGCAACAGACUGUUUUUAAAUGGGGCUCUCCCUUUUUUCCUGUUUGUCUAUGCCAAGUCAUUUGCACACUGUGUAUAUUUUCUUUUACUGAGAUUUUAUUUUUGGAAAGUUUUUUUUUUCCCCCAAGUGUCUUAUUUUUACAGCUAUUAGGUGUGGCACAUUUAUUAUUUCUUUUCAGUUCUGUCAACCAGUUCAGUGUUCUGUACAAAGUAUUCUGCACUUUUCCAACAAAUAGUUGUGCAAUAUCACAAUCGUCCCAAUGCUCAUAACUGUACUUGUAACUAAAGAUUUAAAUGUAUUAUUCUGUAUCAUUUUAAAUAUGUACAUAAUAUUUUUGACAUUGCCAUAAUAGAUACACAGCAGAGCAAAAUGGUCCCUCUAUUCCUGUCAGGCUCAAGAAAAAAA